GGGCAAAUGAAUCGCGGAGGUGCGGGCAGUGCAGGGGUAGUCUCUCGUCAGGGCACACUGGAAAGCUCGGGAGUAAAAGCGGGACGGUAGAGGCAAGGCAGGAACGGAGCAGGCCGUGAGCUUGAUUAGACCGCGGAGGGCGGGGAGUCUGUGAUCAAGAGCGGCGCUGCGGCGCGGUAGGCGGGACUAAGGAGAACAAGGCGGGGAUUGGCGGGUAGCCCUGGGCUGCCGUACGUCGCUGGUGACGCACGUCUCGGGGAGGGUGCGCGCGCGUUCAGCGGCCUCUUUGUGUGGUGCCUUGAUAGGGGAUCGGAGGUGGCGGUAGCUGCGGCCUUGGUUGUCUUCCAGUCUCCUAGGCUCGCCCUCUAGCCGGCAUCUCUCCCCUUCCCUCCCCCUUCCUUUUUUCCUCCUUCCCUCCCCUCCUUCCCUCCUUCCCUUCCCCGUCGGUGGUCGGCGGUGGCGGCUCCAGCAACGGCUGGGCCCGAUCUGUGAAGAGGCCUUAGCCAACGAUAACGGCGACGGCGAAACCUCGGAGCUCGCAGGGCGGGGGGAAGGCCCGGGCCUUGGAGAUGGAGAAUUCCCAGUUGUGUAAGCUGUUCAUCGGCGGCCUCAACGUGCAGACGAGUGAGUCGGGCCUGCGGGGCCACUUUGAGGCCUUUGGGACCCUGACGGACUGCGUGGUGGUGGUGAACCCCCAGACCAAGCGCUCCCGUGGCUUCGGCUUCGUGACCUACUCCAACGUGGAGGAGGCCGAUGCCGCCAUGGCCGCCUCUCCCCAUGCCGUAGACGGCAACACGGUGGAGCUGAAGCGGGCGGUGUCCCGGGAGGAUUCGGCGCGGCCCGGUGCCCACGCCAAGGUUAAGAAGCUCUUUGUCGGUGGCCUUAAAGGAGACGUGGCCGAAGGCGACCUCAUCGAGCACUUCUCGCAGUUUGGCACCGUAGAGAAAGCCGAGAUUAUUGCCGACAAGCAGUCCGGCAAGAAGCGUGGCUUCGGCUUCGUGUAUUUCCAGAAUCACGACGCGGCAGACAAGGCCGCAGUGGUCAAGUUCCAUCCGAUCCAGGGCCAUCGCGUGGAGGUGAAAAAGGCCGUCCCCAAGGAGGAUAUCCACUCCGGUGGAGGCGGAGGCGGCUCCCGGUCGGGUGGUUACGGCGGCGGCGGCUACAAUGCCUACGGAGGCGGCGGAGGCGGUUCGUCCUACGGUGGAAGCGACUACGGUAACGGCUUCGGCGGCUUCGGCAGCUACAGCCAGCACCAGUCCUCCUACGGGCCCAUGAAGAGUGGCGGCGGCGGCGGCGGCGGCGGCAGCAGCUGGGGCGGUCGCAGUAACAGUGGACCUUACAGAGGUGGCUAUGGCGGUGGGGGUGGUUAUGGAGGCAGUUCCUUCUAGAAAAAUUUUAAUGUCCGGGUUGACUUUAGGGGUAGCUGUUUUCAACAACCCUAGGGUCAACUCCUGAGUUCCUUUCCCUCCCACCGCCUUCCCCAUUUGCCCUUGGGGGAGCCGCUUCUAAGGCUGCUUACCCUUAGGGGUACUGUCCUAUUUGCCUGCCACCUCUCGUCUCUCCCUCUGAAGAUGGACUCUGCCCCACAUACACAUUUUUGUGUUAGUUAUUGAUGGACUCUAUUUUUUUAUUAUUACUUGGACCUUGGUCGUUUUUAUACUAGCAAAAUGUCUUGUUUUAAUUUGUGUUUUUUGGGGGGGAGGGAGUGAACUUGCUGAUUCUGUAGCAAAACCUGGGUGGGGGUUGGGGUGGGGGGUUAGUUUACUUUGUUGUAAGGACUUGAUACCUGGCUACAGCGUUUUCUAUGAAAUCUACUUGGAUCCCAUGCCUGAAAUUUGGAAGCAUAUGUACAAAAAUCAUUUUUACGUUUUAUUUUUAAUAAAUCAUUGUGUUUGACCGUA